UGGCGUUUCGGGUGGGGAUGGGGAGGGGAUUGUUUCCGGCAAGGUGGGAGGGGUGGUGUCGUGGGUGGGGGAUAAGGGAGAGGUUGGGUUCGCCGGCCGCCAGGGAGGGAGGGUUCGCCGGCCAUCGGGGAGGGAGGACUGGCAGUGGGUGGGGGUAGGGUGGCUAGGUUUUUUUUUGUGUUUUUUUAUUUUUUUGAUUUUUUUUUAAUUUUUAUUUUGACCAAUCGCAUGCCGCCACGUGUCAUGUAACCUGUUUUAAUAGGUUACAUGACCGGUUGGGACCAAUAAAAAUUAAAGACCUCCAAAGAUCGGAUUAUUAAAUAAUAAUCGAAAGGUCGAAUUAUUAAAAAAGAAUGGGUAAAUUUGCUACAUGUCCAUAAUGGAUAAAUAUUGUCCAAACAAAAAAAAAAAAAAAAAGAAAAAUUGAACGUAGCCCUACCUGUUUUCCUCCUCCUCUCUCUCUCUCAAUUUCCCAUUCUAGAGCACUGAACGUUCUCCAUUGAAGCGCACUCCACGUUCUCCAUUGAGCCGCCUUCUAACAUUUCUAUCCUCCAUUGAAGCAGCUUCUGAGCGACAUGAGCUCUUUUUCAAUUACUCGAAAGAAAACUCCUUUCCAAAAGCAUAGAGAAGAAAAAGAAGCAAAAAAGAAGAGGGCAGAAGAUGAAACAGCUCGUCUGUAUGAGGAAUUUCUGGAGUCAUUUCAAGGAGAGGAUGCUCCAGGGUCGAAGGCUUUUGUACGAGGAGGUUUAAUCAAUCCCAAUGAGAAAGUAAAAGCUGAUUCUGAAGGUGGAAAUUCCAAAGAUGGUGUAUCAGGUUCAAAGAAGGGGAGUAGAUAUGUUCCAUCAUUCUUACCACCACCAAUGGCAGCUAAAGGCAGAGAAUAUGAGAGGGAGGAACCCAGAGAGAAGUCAAAAGAAAAAGAGAAAGGAAGAAUGAGAAAUAUUGACAACUUUAUGGAGGAGCUAAAGCAUGAGCAAGAGAUGAGAGAGAAGAGAAAUCAAGAUCGUGAUAAAUGGCGUGAAGGGGAACUUCCUACACCCAUUACUCGAUUCGAUGAGCUGCCUGAUGAAUUUGAUGCUGGGAGGGGUUCUUUUGAUGAUGGUGAUCCACAAACGACAAAUCUCUAUGUAGGAAAUUUAUCGCCAAAGGUUGACGAGAGUUUCCUUUUGCGAACCUUUGGGAGAUUUGGACCUAUUGCUAGCGUAAAAAUUAUGUGGCCUAGGACAGAAGAGGAACGAAGGCGCCAAAGGAAUUGUGGAUUUGUUGCUUUUAUGAAUAGGAGUGAAGCACAGGCUGCUAAGGAUGAAAUGCAAGGGGUGGUUGUUUAUGAAUAUGAAUUGAAGAUUGGAUGGGGUAAAUCAGUUGCUCUCCCAUCACAGGCAUUACCUGCACCUCCACCUGGCCAUAUGGCAAUCAGAAGUAAAGAGGGUGGCACCGUUAUCUUGUCUGGUUCAGGCACCCCUGUGGCUCCUGUUUCAAAUCAAAACUCUGAGCUGGUCCUUACUCCUAAUGUUCCAGAUAUAACAGUUGUGCCUCCUGAGGAUAGGCAUCUUCGCCAUGUCAUUGAUACCAUGGCUUUAUAUGUUUUAGAUGGAGGGUGUGCUUUUGAGCAAGCAAUAAUGGAGCGUGGACGAGGGAAUCCUCUUUUUAGUUUCUUGUUUGACCUUGGCUCAAAGGAACAUAUGUACUAUGUUUGGAGACUUUAUUCAUUUGCUCAGGGUGACACUCUCCAGAGAUGGAGAACAGAGCCUUUCAUCAUGAUAACUGGUAGUGGGAGGUGGGUGCCACCUCCUCUUCCCACAGCAAAAAGCCCAGAUCCCGAGAAGGAUUCUAGUGCAACAUAUGCAGCAGGAAGAAGCAGGCGUAUUGAUCCUGAAAGGACACUUACAGACUCACAAAGGGAUGAGUUUGAGGAUAUGCUGCGUGCUUUGACCCUAGAGAGAAGUCAAAUCAAAGAUGCUAUGGGAUUUUCCUUGGAUAAUGCUGAUGCAGCUGGUGAGCAGAUAGUUGAAGUUUUAACGGAGUCUCUUACUCUGAUGGAAACACCAAUACCCACAAAAGUUGCAAGAUUGAUGCUUGUGUCUGACAUUCUUCAUAAUAGCAGUGCUCCAGUGAAGAACGCAUCUGCGUACCGUACGAAAUUUGAGGUGACGUUGCCUGACAUAAUGGAAAGCUUUAAUGACUUGUAUCGUAGCAUAAGUGGAAGAAUCACUGCUGAAGCUCUUAAGGAGAGAGUGUUGAAAGUGCUUCAAGUAUGGUCAGACUGGUUUCUUUUUUCCGAUGCGUUUGUUAAUGGGUUGCGAGCUACUUUUCUUCGACCCAGUGCUUCUGGGGUUAUACCUUUCCAUUCCAUUUGUGGUGAUGUACUAGAAAUGGAAGAAAAGGUUGGCUGCCCUGAACGUUCAAGUGAUGGGAGCAAGACUAAUCAGGAUGUAGCCUUGGCUAUGGGCAAGGGAGCUGCCAUGUUAGAGUUGCGAAGCCUCCCUCUUCCUGAGCUGGAGAGGCGCUGUAGGCACAAUGGACUUUCACUUGUUGGAGGUCGAGAAAUGAUGGUUGCACGAUUGCUUUAUCUCGGAGAAGCUGAGAAGCAACGUGGAUCUGAGCUGGAAGAUGAUUUGAAAUAUGUACACGCCCAACCAAGCUCAGCUAAAUUUGCUAAUGUGCAGAGUGAUGUGAAUGUUGAGAUGGAGGCUGCACGAUCAACAACAUGGAACUAUUAUGGGGAUGAUGUGGAAGCACGAGAAUCUAACUCUCUGCCACAAGAAUUUUCCCUUCCGCAGUCUGAAGUGAAAUCAUUCUUGAAAAAAGAGAAAGCGGAGACUGUUUUGCCUGCCUCAAAGUGGGCUAGAGAAGAAGAUGAUGAUGAGCCUAAGCAAAGCUCUAGUGGUCUGGGGCUGGGUUACUCAUCUUCUGGGAGUGAGAACACUUCAGAUGAUCUGUCUAAUGCCGAGGAUAGUGAGUAUGCAACUCAGACUAGGGCUGCAACACAGCCAGAAAUAACUAUGAAUGAAGAGCAAAGACAAAAAUUGAGACGUCUAGAAGUUUCAUUGAUGGAAUAUCGGGAGUCUCUCGAGGAACGAGGUAUCAAAAGUUCAGAGGAAAUUGAGAAGAAGAUUGCAAUAUAUAGGAAACGUCUAGAAUCAGAUUACGGGUUGUCGGAUUCAAGUGAAAAUCUUCCCAGGAUUAAAAGAACAGUGGAGCGAAGAGACAAAAAAGAUGAUUUGCGAGAAUCAUCUCGAAAACGGCACCGCAGCACGAGUCAAAGUGGGAGCCCACCACGCAGAGGAUCGAAUAGAGAGACGGAAGAUGCUGACAGGGAUUACCGUGCUAAGGACAGAUCUAAAUCUCAAGAUUCAGACAGUGAAAGGAUCAAAAAUAGAAGAGACCUUGAGAAGAGUGGUGGUCUUGAGAGGGAUGAUCAUCAGAGUGAUAGGGGGCAAGAUAGAGACAAAGAUAGAAGACGAAGAGUAAAAUAAUGGAUGUAGUUGGCCUUUUCUUCUGCACUGGCUUGAGUCUUAAAGAUGGCUUUAACUGAAAGUUUGCGAGUUACAGAUGGAUGGCUUUGUGCUUGAAUGAAAGUAUUCAUUUAGAUGUAUAAAAUUUGCAGUUUUUCACGUUUGUUAGAUUUGGCUAAAGUUUCUGUGUUGAGUAAUUUUUUAUAUGAAAGAAAGGUCUUCAUUCAUUUGUGUUUU